AUGUCCUCGGCGACGAGCUUCUACGACUUCAAGCCGCUUGACAAGCGCGGGCAAGAGGUGCCUCUGGCCGACUACAAGGGCAAGGUUGUCCUCAUUGUCAACACGGCCUCCAAGUGCGGCUUCACGCCCCAGUACGCCGGCCUCGAGACGCUCUACAAGUCCAUCAAGGAAAAGCACCCCGACGACUUUGUCAUCCUCGGCUUCCCCUGCAACCAGUUUGGCUCGCAGGAGCCCGGCUCCGACGACGAAAUCCAAAACUUUUGCCAGGUCAACUACGGCGUCAGCUUCCCCAUUAUGCAAAAGGUCGAGGUCAACGGCGACGCGGCCAGUCCGCUGUACCAGUGGCUCAAGGAGGAGAAGCCGGGGCUGAUGGGCCUCAAGCGCGUCAAGUGGAACUUUGAGAAGUUCCUCGUCGGCCGCGAUGGAAAGGUCAAGGGCCGCUGGGCCAGCACCACCAAGCCCGAGACCCUCGAGCAGCCCAUUCUCGCCGAGCUCGACGACAGCAAGUGA